UGUGUAUUUUGCUAUAGUCGAUGAAAAAUACCUCAAUCUCGACAAAAAAAGGUCAACUGGAACUACAGGCCAAACAUUUGUCCCUCAAUUGUAUUGUAACUUAAUAGUUCAUUGUUAACUGAAAAUGGGUUUGCGAGGCACUGGCUUUCUCCUCCAGUGUUACCUGAUGUUGGCAGCAGCCAUGUAUUUUGAUCUCGGGGAACAGGAGGAAAAAUGCAUCAUCGAGGAGAUUCCUGAAGACAUGCUGGUCAACGGUUAUUUCUUGUUGGAGCCCUGGGAUAUGAAGGCGUUCACCAACUCCCCUCACCUCGGCGUCACUGUGACAGUCAGAGACCCAAACCAUGAGGUUGUGAUGUCCAAACGCUACGGUAAAUUUGGUAAAUUUACCUUUACGGCUCAUGCCUCUGGUCAGCAUUACCUUUGCUUCCAAACCAACUCCACAAGGUUUUCUGUCUUUGCUGGAGAGAGGAUGAAGCUACAUUUGGACGUUCAGAUGGGAGAGCACUCGAUUGACCCCAAAAAAGACAAGACAAAAGACAACAUGGAAAUUCUGGAGAACAGCAUCAGACACCUCAUAGAUCAGAUGAUGUACAUCACCAGGCAGCAGGAGUACCAAAGGGAGAAAGAGGAGGUGUUUCGUCAGAUCAGUGAGGAUACCAACAGUAAAGUGCUUUGGUGGGCCGUGGUGCAGACCUCUGUGUUGCUGUCGGUUGGAUUUUGGCAGAUAAAACGACUCAAAGACUUCUUCAUCGCCAAGAAGCUGGUCUGAGGAUGACCUCUGACCUGUAAGCUCAAGCCAGAUGACCUUAGAGCAUGUUCCACCCACACUUGUUUAUAUACUGCAACAACUAUACUAUGCCAAACACUUAGAAAUUAAAAGCUCUCUUUUCUUGUUGCAGCUAGUGAAAUGUACAUGGCAUAUAGGAUUACAAAUAAUGUAUGGAUCAAAUUGUGAAAUUCUAUGGAUGUGAGACAUUAAAAAACAAUAACAAUGCUUUUAAAAUGUUGUUUGGAUUUGAUGUGGACUAUCUUACCAAAACGACACUGUUACCUUUAGAGACUGUACUUCAUUUAUUAGAGCAGGGGAUUGGCAUUUCUCCUUGAACCUUUCUGAGUGACUGAGGUAAAUACAUGACCCUUCCUCCACCAUAAAUAAUAUUGUUUUACAGUUUCGGCUUAUGAUAAAUGGUGUGAUUUUGGAGGGUUGGUUUUUUUUUUAAGAAAACAUGCCUUUGAAAACCUAUUUGCAGGUUUUGAGAUUCUAAGGUUAUUUUAAAUAUAUACAAAAUACAGCCAUUUAAGUUCUAAUGUCUCAACCCUAAUCCAUAUUAAAAUACAUUAUUCCCUCCCCUGU